AUCAACACACGCAUAGAUACAUAGUUAUAUAAAACUGUUCUUCCUCAAGAUCGUGAAAUCAAAGCACAUUCAAUCCAUCAAGAUCGUGAAAUUAAAGCAAAUUCAAUCCAUCAAGAUCGUGAAAUCAAAGCAAAUCCGAGCCAUCUUUGACAUAAGAAGAUAACCAUCAAAUAAAGAAUAUGAAGAAUAUGAAGAUGAUGAUGAUGAUGAUGAUGGUUGUGGUGAGUGAAGCGAGUAUGAUGGUGAUGGUGAGUGAACCGAAUAUGAUAGAGCAGACAUGCAAAGAGACACCAGACUUCAAUCUCUGUGUCUCUCUCCUUGACUCCGAUCCACGUGGCUCCUCUGCCGACACCUCUGGUCUCGCUCUUAUCCUCGUCGACAAAAUCAAGGGGUUGGCAACGAAGACCUUGAACGAGAUCAACGGUCUGUAUAAAAGGAGACCAGAACUAAAACAUGCCCUAGACGAAUGUAGCCGAAGAUACAAAACGAUCUUAAACGCUGAUGUUCCCGAAGCCAUUGAAGCUAUCUCUAAAGGAGUUCCAAAAUUUGGUGAAGACGGUGUGAUAGACGCUGGUGUCGAAGCUUCUGUAUGUGAAAGAGGGUUUAUAGGAAAAUCUCCGUUGACUAACUUGACCAAAUCAAUGCAAAGAAUCUCUAAUGUGGCUAGAGCCAUUGUGAGAAUGUUGCUUUGAUUAUAUCUUAUGUUAAUAUAUACAAGCAUGUGUUAUUGGUGUUUGAUGGGAUUUUAUUUCAUUAAAAUAAAAAUGUUGCAAGUAAAGAAUCUUAUAUCAGAGUUUUUGUUGUAUUUGCUAGAUAAAAGAAAAUUUGAUGUUAAGGAUUUCUUCA